CCAGGGCCAGCCCAUGGCUAGGGCUGGUCCUCUCCACCCCAUCUGGGUUGGACUCUGGGGUCACUCUUCUCGGAAGCUGCUCACUGAUCAGGAGCUGGGGAGCAGGUUUGGUGCUGGGCAAGGUCAAGGCGGACAGCGACGCCCAGAUGGCAGCCCGGCUGACCCCGCUGCUGACCCUUCUGCUGCUCUUUCUAGUGGCCCGGGCCGAAGUGGGCCGUGGUAGCAGAAAGAAGGAGCAGACAAAUAAGGCUGAUAUAUCAUUGACCCUGCCAAGUGGAAAGAAUGAAUCAGAGGCUGAUCUGGAUAACUCUAAAGACUACAUUAAAUCCCAGAAAAUGGGAAAAAAUAGAACUGGAGAGGAGACUGUGGAAGUCCACCUGAGACCGCACAAGAAGUCAUCUGUGGAUUCCUCAACAGAAUCUCCUUCAGAGCCCCUCACAGAACAUCUCACAGAGCUUCCCACCAACCUCUCAACUCACCCCACAACAGACUAUCCAAUCGAGUUUACCAACGAAACAACUACUCAAUCCCCUACAGAGGCCCCUACUCAAUCAACUUCCCAGCCAACCACUCAGGCCCCUCCUGGGCCUAUCUGCCUGGUUCCUGAUACUUCCUGCUCUGAGACCAAGAUUCAAGAAGCAGAGAACAUGUUGGGCAGAGCCCUGACAGACUUCUCCCUAAAGCUUUACCAUGCCUUUUCGUCAGUGAAGAAAAUAGACUCCAAUAUGGUCUUUUCUCCAUUCAGCAUUGCAAGCCUUCUCACCAACAUCCUAUUAGGGGCUGGAAAGAACACUAAGGCAAACCUGGAAGACAUUCUCUCUUAUUCCAAUGACUCUGACUGUGUCCACCAGGCCCUGAAGAACCUAUCAUCCAAAGGCUUCAUCUCAGCCUCUCAGAUCUUCCACAGUCCUGACCUGAUUCUAAAGAAGAACUUUGUGAAGGCUUCCCAGAUGCUGUACGGCCACCAGCCCGUGAUUCUGAACAAUGACAGUGAGGCGAACUUGGCUUUGAUCAACUCAUGGGUGGCCAACCAGACCAAUAACAAGAUCGUCAACGUCCUGAAGAGCCUGUCAUCAGACAUCAGCCUUGUCCUAGUCAAUACUGUCUACCUUAACGCCAAAUGGAAGACUAAGUUUGAUCCUAAAAAAACUUCCCAGGAGCCCUUUUACCCUAAAUCCUCCAAGGUGAAGGUGAAGGUGUCCAUGAUGAAGAGUGAGAAAUACCCGGUGACCCAUUUCACAGACCCCAACUUGAAAGCUAAGGUCGGUCGUCUGCAGCUCUCGGAUGAUCUGAGUCUGGUGAUCCUGCUGCCUCAGCAUCUGGGCAUUCAGCUUGCUGAGGUCGAACUGGACUUCAGCAUCGAAGUCUUCAGAGCCAUCUUGGAGAAGCUGGAGAAAAGCAAGAGUCAGCCGACCCUGCUCACCAUGCCUCGACUCAAGGUGAACACCAACCAGGACCUGCUCGAGAUCUUGGAGAAGAUGGAUUUCUUUGACUUCUCCUAUGAUCUCAACCUGUGUGGGCUGACCGAUGACCCGGAGAUACAGGUUUCUGCUGCCCGUCACCAGACCACGCUAGAGCUGAAUGAAGCAGGGGUAGAGGCGGUGGCAGCCUCCACUGUGUCCCUAGCCCGUACAAUGUCCAUCUUUGAGGUGAGGCAACCCUUCAUCUUCCUGCUGUGGCACCAGAAGUACAAGUUCCCUAUCUUCAUGGGGCGUGUGUAUGACCCCAGCUCUUGAGUUUUGGGGGAACCCCUGGGCAGGACCAGCUCCUGACCCCCCCAGCCUUCACCCCCACUUUCCAAGGCUGCAGAACACCCCAGGCCAGCCCAAGCCACUUUUUCCCCUUUCUAGGCCUCAAGCAGGUGACUUUGGGGUCUGGGUACUGCAGAGUAACAACACCUUUACAUCUCACCAACUUCUUCAACCUUCCUUUCUACCUUUGAGGGCCCAUGUGAGCCCAGCUUCUACUAAUAAACUUGGCAGGGCAGACA